AAAUUAUCUAAUAAUCCCUGUAUUUUCAGUCAUUAUUCUAGAAAAAAAAAAUUACUUAAUUUAUAGCCGUCGGAUUUCUCGAACAUGCAUAUCUUCUAAGAACUUGAUCACAUUCCAAAUUCUCUGGCAAGAAAGUUUCUUUAUAUAUUCAGUCAAUUCCUUUCCCGGAAAAAAAAAAAAAACCUCUUUUCAGAGUUUGGUUUCUGAGAUAUAAUUAAUUUUAACUGGUCCGCUCCUUAUGAGUACAUUUUUCCUCGUGCUUUCCUUUUCUUAACACUAUUUUCCCUCCCUUGUUCAAAGAUUUAAUCAACUCGUGAUCGUCCUAUCCCUUAUUUUCGUCUGGAUUAAAUAACAAUGUGGAUCCUCUUUUGUUGAUCUGAAAAUCCAAUUAAAAUCUUAGUGUUGUUGUUUUAUUGUAAAUGAAGAGGCGGCGAUGAGGAGAGCAAGAGAGAAAUGGAGGUUGUUAGAUCUGAGAGUGGAGUAAGGAGCGAGAAAAUAGCAGCGCCGGUGGCUCCAGUCAUUGCUAGAACUAAGCGAUUACAAGUUUGGUUUAUCAGGGUUUGUUCCAGUAUUCUUUUAUGGACCUGUUUGGUUCAGCUUCUCACGGUUGGAGAGUUAUGGCACCACAAUUUUAUCAAUAUCAUCGCCCCCUCCGUUAAACAUCCUCCUCUUCCCCUCCUUCCCCUUAGAAACUAUACAAGCAAUGGUUAUCUUAAAGUGUCCUGCAAUGGUGGCUUGAAUCAAAUGCGAUCCGCGAUCUGUGACAUGGUGGCUGUCGCCAGGCUUUUGAAUCUCACUUUGGUUGUUCCAGAACUUGAUAAAACAUCUUUCUGGGCUGACAAUAGUACUUUUGAGGACAUAUUUGAUGUGAAACAUUUCAUUGAGUCACUAAGAGAUGAAAUUCGAAUUGUCAGAAGGCUUCCAAAGAGAUUUAGUAGUAAAUAUCGAUACAAAGUAUUUGAGAUGCCCCCAGUUAGCUGGUCCAGCGAAGAAUACUACCUGCAACAGAUCUUGCCACUUUUCAGUAAGCAAAAGGUGUUGCACUUCAAUAAAACAGAUGCACGUUUGGCAAACAACGGGGUUUCAAUUGAUCUUCAGAAAGUCAGGUGCCAUGUUACUUUUCAGGCACUGAAAUUCACUCCAGAGAUUGAAUCUUUGGGGUACAAAUUGGUUCGUGUUCUACAUGAAAGGGGGCCUUUUGUGGCUUUGCAUAUGAGAUAUGAGAUGGACAUGUUGGCUUUCUCAGGUUGUACUCAUGGCUGCACCAAGGAAGAAGCCGAGGAGCUCAAGCAGUUAAGGUAUGCAUACCCUUGGUGGAGAGAGAAAGAGAUAGUUUCUGAAGAGAGGAGAUCACAAGGUUUGUGCCCAUUGACUCCUGAGGAGACAGCGUUGAUUUUGCAAGCAUUGGGUUUUGACAAGGACACACAGAUAUAUAUUGCAGCUGGUGAGAUAUAUGGCAGUGAGCGGAGACUUGUGGUACUAAGAGCUGCUUAUCCAAGGAUUGUGAGAAAGGAAAUGCUAUUAGAUUCAGGGGAACUGCAGCAAUUCCAGAACCAUUCAUCACAAAUGGCUGCACUCGAUUUCAUGGUCUCAAUAGCCAGUGACACUUUCAUCCCCACCUAUGACGGAAACAUGGCAAAAGUUGUGGAAGGUCACCGCAGGUAUCUUGGGUUUAAGAAGACUAUCCUGCUAGACCGAAAAAGACUUGUGGAGUUACUGGAUUUGCAUCAGAAUGGGACACUUACAUGGAAUGAGUUUGCGUUUGCUGUUCGAUCAGCACAUGAGAAGAGGAUGGGACAGCCAACUCGACGUAGGGUUAUUGCAGAUAAACCAAAAGAGGAAGAUUAUUUUUACGCAAACCCUCAAGAGUGCCUCUGUGAGGGAACAAGCUGUGAUGAUUUAUUAGGACUUGGUAAUUCAAGUUCAGUUCCGUGAUUGCAACAAAUCCAAGCACACCGAGAUGGUGUUCUACUUAAUUUUUCAUAGUGUGGUGCACAUACCGUGUGACUUCCAUCAAUACCUAAUUGACCAACGUCUACACACCUUAGAGAUUUGUAAGGAACGACAGACCAGAAUCCUUUGAGUGCCCAUUUAGGCUACCAAAGGCUAAGCUCUUCAAGUUUUUCUGUUGAUAUAUUUAUUCAUUUCUUCUCCUGCUAAAAA